AUGCCGCAAGACGAACUCCCCAAAUCCGCGACCCAGCCCAACAAUCCUGAACCUAAAAAUGAACGCGCCGUCUCACUGGUCGAUCGCUUCACAUGGGGCAACUUCACCUGCACGCAGUCCACAGGCGGUGUGGCCCUGAUGCUAUCCAAGAGCCCGUAUUCAUUUCGCGGUUUGCAUACCAUUGGCGUCGUGGUGUUCAUUCUCAACCUUGUUCUGUUCAUUCUCUUUUGCUCAGCUAUGAUAUGUCGGUUUGUUCGGAGACCGGCUAGUUUACUCAAAUCUGUGACGAAACCGCCUGAAGCGUACUUUACUGGCUCGCUGUGGCUUUCGAUGGCGACGAUCAUUAUGGGCAUACAGAGUUUUGGUGUUCCUCACGCUGGGUCUUGGCUUGUCGAUACCGUCCGGGUUCUGUUUUGGAUUUAUGGUGCUAUUACGCUGACGUAUAACGUUGUCAUCUUUGUGGUUAUGUUUUCUCUCGCGCCCUUUGCACCUGGUAGCAUGAGCUCUCCGAUGUUUCUGAUGAUUUACAACGCUAUGCUUACCGGAACUGUCGCGUCGGUAAUCGCAGCCGAUCAACCUCCAUCAGAACGAAUACCCAUAAUAGUUGCUGGAAUUGCAUUCGAGGGUCUCGGCUGGAUCCUUUGUCUCCUUUUUCUUCCCCACUUUGUCGGCAACCUUCUCGUCAACGGCCUCGGUCCUGUCAAUCUCAGACCAGGCCUCUUUAUCUCCGUCGGUUCUGCAGGCUAUACCAUCAUAGCCCUGAUCGGCUGCGCAAAAGCAAUCCCAGAUGGGCACGGAUACUUUGCGAAACAUCCCACCGCAGCAGAGACGCUCAACAUUAUGGCGUUGUGGGUAGGAAUAUUUCUCUGGUUAUUUACCUUUUGGCUUUUCGCAAUUGCCGCGGUUGCGCACGUGCCCAUUUUGGUUUCGAAGCUCCGUGGGGAUAAGUCACGGCAGCAGAUGAGUUUUGCGCUUCCUUGGUGGGCGAUUGUCUUUCCCAAUGUUGGGUUCACGAUUGCUACGGUGUAUAUCGGGGAAGAAUUAGAAUCCAGCGCCAUAUCCUGGGUUGCUACUGUUAUGACUAUCUUGGUGUUUGCAGCGUGGUUGAUGGACAUGUAUUUGCAUAUGAAGUCGAUAUUUCAGAAGCGCAUCAUGUAG